CAAAAAGCACUGAAACCCCACAUACCUGUACACAUGUUUACUCUGCAAUGUCUACUCCCCACAACUUCACUGCACAUUAAACACUUUUACUUACCAAACUUCUCAAGGAAAAACAAGAAAUUUGCUCUCUGUUUUCUCUGUAAAGUCCUCUAUCUCUUCCUGCAAACACAGAAUAAAGCCAAGAAAUAUCCAAGUUUGUUUUAGUUUUGAUUGCAAGUUUAAAAAAAAAAACAUCUUUUCUGGAGAAACAGGACAAUGAACCUUCUUGCUCUGUUUCUGCCCAUGUGUGUAUUGUCUAGCACAAUUUUGUUUUUCUUACUUGAUGCCAGACCAGAGUCAACAUUCCCCACCUAUUCUGGGCCUGUUUCUCUUGCAAAGAGAGAACCCAUUUCAUUAUUCUCUGCAAAAAUGGAAGCUCAAUCUCCAGGAGUGCCUAUGGGUCCUGUGGUUAAAAUAGUGCACCAUCAUGAUCUAAACAAGAGAAUCCUCAUUGCACUAAUAGUUGCUUCUUCUCUCCUUGGAGCAAUCUUGUUGUUUCUGUCAUGUUUCUGGAUCCACAGAAGGAAAAGCUCUAAGAACCCUAGCUUGAAAGGCAAACAAAAUUUUGAUGCUAGAACUAGGCAUUCCCUCAGUCCAGUUCUGCAAAAAUUGAAUUCCUUGAAGGUUGUUGGUAAGAAGGAUUCCAUUGCUUUGAUGGAAUAUCAGUUGUUAGAAGCUGCAACAAACAAUUUCCAAGAGAGUAAUUUACUUGGUGAAGGUGGUCAUGGACGCGUCUACAAAGCUCGUGUCAGUGAAAAACUCCUUGCAGCUGUGAAAAAAUUGGAGGGUGUAGGACGAGAUGUGCAAAGAGAAUUUGAGAAUGAGAUGAAGUGGUUGACAAAAAUUCAGCAUCAGAACAUAAUUUCUCUGUUGGGUUACUGCAUUCAUGACGAAUCGAAGUUUCUCGUGUAUGAAAUAAUGCAAAAUGGAUCUUUGGAAAGUCAGUUGCAUGGACCUACACAUGGAUCGGCAUUAACUUGGCAUCUGCGGAUGAAAAUUGCUGUUGAUGUUGCAAGAGGACUACAAUAUCUUCACGAGCAUUGUAAUCCUCCUGUUGUCCAUAGAGAUAUAAAGUCAUCCAACAUUCUUCUGGAUUCCAACUUCAAUGCCAAGCUUUCGGACUUUGGCCUUGCUGUUACUUCUGGAAUCAAAGCCAAAAACAUAAAGCUUUCAGGAACUCUAGGUUACGUUGCCCCUGAGUACCUUUUGCAAGGUAAAUUAACUGAUAAAAGUGAUGUCUAUGCAUUUGGAGUUGUUCUUCUGGAGCUACUCAUUGGAAGAAAACCAGUGGAAAUGAUUUCAGAAGAGCAAUGUCUGUCUCUAGUAACAUGGGCCAUGCCUCAGCUUACUGAUAGAUCAAAACUUCCGAAUAUCGUCGACCCAAUUAUCAAGGAUACUAUGGAUAUAAGGCACUUAUACCAGGUAGCUGCAGUGGCAGUACUCUGUGUACAGCAAGAACCGAGUUAUAGGCCGCUGAUAACUGAUGUUCUGCAUUCACUCAUCCCUCUCUUGCCUCUCGAGCUCGGAGGUUCACUAAAAAUUACAGAACCUCUGCCUGCUGCCUUGAGUUUUCAACAAAGAUGAUGGAAUAUGCAGAUGUGUUUGUGUUCUUAAUGUUCAUUCUUUUUCAUACAACAUUUACUUGUGUAGACUUGGAUGCUUGCAAUAUGAUUACAGAUAUUUUUUUUCCCUUGUCAUAUAAAGUUUGUAAAUUAAUUGAAUCAAAUGUGAUUUGUCCAUACUAAGGUUCUUGUAACGGUGGGUCUGAGACCAUUUUCU